AUGAGAUGGAGCAACUGCGCAGGCAGAUGCACGAGUUGCAGCGCAAGAUCGAGGCACGCGAGUCGCGACGAGUCACCGGAGCCUCGGGACGCCCUGGCCACACCUUUCACGAAAGACGUCAUGGCCGAGCCCCUGCCUCGGGACUUCAGAUUCCCGGCUGUCAAACCCUACAUGGGAGCAACGGACCCGCGGGAUCACCUUAGCAGGUACAAGGCAGUCAUGAUGAUGACAGGCGUCAACGACGCCAUCAUGUGUCGCGGCUUCUGCACAACUUUGGAUGGCCAGACCCAAGACUGGUUCGGGUUCUUGCCGGGGGAAUCCAUCGCCACUUUCGCUGUCCUAACCAAGAAGUUCAUGUCGCACUUCGCGGGUAGCAUACAGCGGAGGAAGCAAUUCGCCAACUUGUGCUACCUGAAGCAGCACAAGUCGGAGACCUUGACGGAGUACCUGAGCAAGUGGAAGAAGGAGGCCAUGGGGGUGACGAAUUUUGACGAAAGGUCCGCCAUCCCAUUUUUCACAAACAAUCUCAGGUCGGGCCCUUUCCAUAGCGACCUCGUCCAGAAUGAACAAAAGACGUACACAAAGUUGAUGGACCGCGCCACGCGGUAUGCUAAUGCCGAGGUAGCAGAGAAGAGGAAGAAGGAGGAGGAGGAAGGCCAAAGCCGGGGCGACAGGGCACCUCAACCUCAAGAGGACCGCCGCCCACCGCGGUCGCGCCGAGAUUGGGGUCCCCGGCUAGCCCUACUACGACACCUGAUCCCGUUGACACAACCCAUGAGUGUCAUUCUGGACCAUGCAGAGGACAUGGGCAUCGUGUCGUUCCCCGAGGAGUGCUUGAAGAUCUCCCCCAAGGCCGACCCGAAGAAGUACUGCCGUUUCCAUCAGCAGCGUGGGCAUGACACAGACGAGUGUAUGGUCCUCAAGAGACAGAUCGAAGAGCUCAUCCAACGGGAGUACCUUGGCCAGUACGUGAAGAGAUCUGGGCAGGACCAUGCUAAAGGCCCCGACAAUGCCCAAAAGAAGAGGGAUGGCACCGGGCCAUCCACUUCUGCCCAGCGCAAGAGGGAGCUCGGCCAACUCACGGAGGACGAGUAG